AUGGCUUCCACAUCACCCGACCUCCGCUCUCCAGCCAUGUUCAGCGCUUCGACGCUUGAAGCAUCGCCUUCGCCUUCAGCGUCCAUUUCAAUCGCAUCGGCAUCGGCAUCGGCAUCGGCAUCGGCAUCGGCAACCUCAUCCUCUUCCACCAAGAGGAAAGCGGACAGUCAAGGUCCCAAGCCCAUGGACCCGGCCCGUCGAGCACGCUUGGAAGCUCGUCAAGCUCGCAAUCGAACCAGCGCUCAAAUCUCGCGCAAUCGCAAAAAGGCUCACGUGGAGAUGCUGGAAGUGGAAGUGGAAGAAUUGCGAAAGCGCAAUGCCGAGCUGGAAGAGCGAGCCAAGGAUGCAGAGGACACGAAACAGAGAUUAAAGGUGCUGGAACAGCUGGUUCAAGCGCUCUUCAGCAAUUCCCCCGUCAACGACGCGCUUCGAUCGACACGGUCCAUCAUCGAUGCGCCUCUUGGCCGCGCGCAGUCUUCUACGGCCCAACCUCUACCGCAAACCUGCGUGCCUGAUGGUCUGGUCGCACCGUCCAGCAUUCAGCUCGACUCAUCCCCACCUUUCCUCACGCCAUCCCUCCACGCGGCAGCCCCCUCGUCGUCAUCGUCCACAUCAAGCAUCUUGCCAUCCCUGCUGGCAGCGUCACCAUCUUCGCCAUCCACCUUCAACGUCCUCUUGCCCUCUAACACGUCCAUGACGUCCAAUCUGCCCAGCACAAUCUUCGCAUCUUCGACCCUCUCCACCUCUUCACCAACAUCGUCAUCCUCCCCUUGCCAUUCUCGAACCGGCGCAGCGCCCAUCUCUCCUUCAUCUCCCUCGCACGCUUUGACCGCUCCUUCGUCCGAAUCCAUCUCUCACUCGCAAACAUUCCCAGACGUUCGCCUCCCUGCAGCGGAGGCGUCUCCCCUUGUGGGAGCCCUGCAGCGGACGUGCGGAAAGAGUUUGACGAGAUGGACGAGGAUAGAGAGAGCGGGGACGCGAAGUCGAGGAGAGAAAAGGGGGAGGUACAUGGCAGCAGCCUGGAAUCGGGACUGGCAAAAGGAGGGUGCUUUGAUGAUGAGCAGACGGAAAAGAGCUCGAUCGUGCGUGGUUGCGCGAAGCAGACCGGAUGGCCAGGCAAGGUGUGCGGCGGUGUGGGGCACGACACCGCUGUCGGAUUGCACGAGACGCUGUUUGGAUCCUCUGAAGCCCAUCGACUCGGAUGCGACGCAGAGGAGGACGAGAAGGAUCACUUUGAAAUUCAGGCUGAGGGUGCGCAACAAGCGCCCGACAGCUCCGAAGAGAGGAUGAGCGAGGCAUCGACUUGGAAGUGUCGGAGCAUGCAAGGUCAAGAAGAGACGGACAGGCUAUUGGCGCUGCUGGGUUUGAGCCCUGGCGCCGCUUGCGGAGUGGAUACGAGCACAAAGACAUCGACGAGCGCCUUUGGUGUGCUCGAUGCGGAUGGAUAUGUGGAUUUCAGCAUGAAUCUGGAUGUGGAUGCGGAUGCGCUGCAUGGGCUUUUUGGAGAUGCUGCGCAUGAAAGUCGAGAUGGAGCGUUUCAGCUGGGCUCUGCUAUGGACCUUUCCGAGCGCGCUGCUAUGCAAGACGUUUGUAGCGGCAACGAGCUCGGACUGACGCUUGGCUCGCUCGCUUCUCUCUGA